UUACUUCCGGCUGAUGAAAGUUUGAAGACAACAGCAACAGCACUGGCAUCGACAUUUUAUGGGGGAAAAUUGUUAACACAUUAACAUGCCAAGCGGAGAGAGUGAAAAGAAAGAGUUGAACGAAAGGAUCGAGUCAUUCGUGAGUGAUCUGAAACAAGGAACCUUUCAUGGAUCCUACAAUGUGGCCUUGAAGACGGUGAAUUUAUUAAUCAGUGUUAUAGGCCAGAAGAAAUGGACCAAUGCUGGGGAGUUGAUGGAAUCCGUGAGAGAGGAGGGAAAACGGAUGAUGGCUGCCCAGUCCUCGGAGACGGCUGUAGGAAACAUGGCACGAAGAGUUCUGAAGAUCAUCAGAGAGGAAUAUGCCACAUCUAAAGGGAAGUCAGAAGAGGGAGAUCCCCAGGAAUCUUUACAGAAACUACUACUGGCAGAAGGCAAGAUUGAUGACUACUCAAUCACCUUUCAAGAUCUCAAAGGCUGUAUAAUUGAUGCAGUUAGUGAGCUGAAAACAGAAUUGGAAACAAGUGGUGAUACGAUAGCCUCCCAGGCUCUGGAGCACAUCCAUUCUAAUGAGGUGAUAAUGACUGCUGGUAGAUCACAGACGGUGGAAGCAUUUCUCAAAAAUGCUGCUAGGAAAAGGAAAUUCCAAGUGAUUGUUGUGGAGUGUGCACCCUUCUUUCAUGGUCAAGAGCUGGCCGUCAGCCUGGCUAAACAUGGCAUAGAGACAACGGUUAUCAAUGACUCAGCGGUUUUUGCUGUGAUGUCACGUGUCAACAAGGUUAUCAUAGGCACACAUACUGUCAUGGCAAACGGCGGGCUGAAGUCCAUUAAUGGAACCCAUGCUAUUGCAUUAGCAGCGAAACAUUACUCUGUACCUCUGACUGUGUGUGCUCCAAUGUUUAAACUAUCCCCCAGGUACCUGUGCUCCUAUGAUCAGGAUGCCUUUAACAAGUUCCUCAGUCCUCAUGAUGUGAUGAACUUUUCUGAGGGGGAAAUCCUGUCUAAAGUUCACAUUCAGAACCCAGUGUUUGACUACGUGCCUCCUGAGCUUGUCACUCUCUUCAUAUCUAACAUAGGGGGAAUUGCUCCAUCAUAUGUUUAUAGACUGCUAGGAGAGUUGUACCAUCCUGACGAUCACGAGUUAUGACCUUGAGAAAAACACAAGGUCACAGAGAGAGGCCUCACACAGGACACGGAUAGACUGGACACACGGCUCUACGGUGAUCUGUAUAAACUGUCAGUGCUUGUAUGAAUCUGCUGAACUGUUCUACUGCCAUUAGAAUUGCCAUUAGAUCUGUACACAACUCUCAACCCAGGAAUGCUUUACCUGGUUACUGGAUGGAAUUAGGAACACAAGACAAGGAAAAAUUGUCCUGCAUGAACAUCAACAACUUCAGACCCAGCACACAGCAUCAUGACAACUUUCUACUUUCAGAUUUCCUCGUCUCAGCUGCAUGUAUGUGUAGUGCUCACAAGAUUCCAAGCCAAAGUUGUCAAACUUGAAGCUGUUCAUAUCUGACAGACUGCUACUUGUGUAAAGGUGUGUAGAUAACUCAGAAGAUGGUCACACAUAUGUCAGACCAUCCAAUCAGCAGACGCAUGAUUGUCAAACAACAAUAUUCAUAGUAUGGGAGAGCUAAGUCAUGAAGAUAAACUUCUUACGGGAGAGCUCUCAUGAAGAUAAGCUUCUUACGGUAGAGCUAAGUCAUGAAGAUAAGCUUCUUACGGGAGAGCUCAUGAAGAUAAGCUUCUUACGGUAGAGCUAAGUCAUGAAGAUAAGCUUCUUAUGGUAGAGCUAAGUCAUGAAGAUAAGCUUCUUAAGGGAGAGGUAAGUCAUGAAGAUAAGCUUCUUAUGGGAGAGCUAAGUCAUACUCAGGUGUUACUAAGUAAACUGGACACUGGACAGCUGGUUAAGUUGUGUUAGAUUGAGUCUUGAAGAAACAAACCAAAUUUCCCAUCAGAAUUACUCCACUUGUUGUUUCAUAAAUAGAGAGAGUUUCUUUGGGCAUGAUGGCUGUUUGACUGUCAGGAACACAGAUUCUUCUCAUCCGUGUAAGUGCCCACCACAUAUGGCAGUUGUCAAUAAAUUUGGCUCAUUUC